AUUAGAGAUGUUAACUUCAAUAAAUAUUUAUCUUUUAAUAACGUCAAUUAUCUUGAUUCCUGGUUAUGGAAUACGAAUCAAAAGCCUUGAAUUGCCAACUUUGCUGCAAACAGGAUCACAUCCCGUGAAAUUUAUUUGCGUCUAUGAAUUAUUAAACACUGAUUCUGGGAUAGUAAUAAAAUGGUAUCACAAUGAAAAACAAAUUUAUGAAUGGAUUCCACCCUUAGCUCCUCGAGAUAUGGGAAUUAUGAAUGGAUUAAUCGAAUAUCCUUGGGAAAAUAUUAAUCGACCUCAUUCUCAUUCUAUUUUAGAAAUUAAAAAUAUAACAACCAAUCUCUCUGGAGUAUAUACUUGUAAGAUCAGUACUUUUCAAGAUGAGGAUUCAAAAUCAGCAAAUGUCACUGUUUAUGUUCCAGUAAACAAAGUGAUGAUAAAAACGGCUAUUUACAAUGAAACUCACCUGAAUAUUUCAUGUGAAACUUUCGGUGCGCACCCUUCUCCAAAAUUAAAGAUUCUUAUCAAUGGAUUAGAACUCGAGGGAGAAACUAAUUAUGCCAGCAACUAUCAUGAAAAUCCCUGGACUAGUCAUCAUUUAUUAAUGAGUAAUCCUAAAAAUUCGUCUCUCUUCGAAUGUGAAAUAGAAAUUCCAGAAGUAAACUGACAUCAGAAGGGUUUUGCGAAUGCGCCAACAUCUUUCGCGAUAAUGCGGGGGUGAAAAUCGUCUUUAAAGGCAGAGGGGGAGAAUUUCUAGCUGAAGAGCAACAGGCGAUUUCCUCCAGAUUAUCACAAACCACUCAUAUCAUCCCCCGUUUGUACCAA